AUGGACAGGGCAGUCCGGUACGUUCGCGCCAAUAAAUUCAAGAUGAACUCGCCGUCCGCUCUAGGUCUCCGUUUUCCAGAUUGGGAUUUAAACAAGAGCCAGUAUGAUGAAAUUGACAGUCUUCCUAUGAUGGCAACUCUCGGCCCAGUCCUAACUAUACUAGCUACAUAUUUGGUAUUCGUGCUGAAAAUUGGCCCAUCUUUGAUGACGAAGCGCGAACCAUUUAAACUGACUAAAACUUUGCUGGUAUAUAACGGAUUACAAGUAGUUUUAUCCAUAUAUUUGGUUCAAAGGUACUUCAGAAAUUUAUUGGAUAUGGGUCUCAUGCCGAAGAAGUGCUACAUUCAAGAUAAUAAACACAGGGAUCAAAUUUUACUAGGCAUUUGGCUGUACUUUGCAGCUAAAGUCACCGAGCUUCUCGACACCGUCUUCUUCGUAUUGAGGAAGAAGGAUAAGCAGAUCACGUUUCUCCAUCUGUACCACCAUUCUGUUAUGAUGAUUGGGACGUGGGUCUUCAUCAAGUACUGGCCAUCUCACAAUCUUCUCUUCAUUGGAUUCCUCAAUUCGCUGGUCCACGUAUUCAUGUAUACUUAUUACGGCCUAUCAGCGUUGGGGCCUCAAAUCACAAAAUACUUAUUCUGGAAGAAAUACAUGACUACCUUCCAAUUGGUACAGUUUGUUUGCAUCAUUAUUCAGUAUGUUGGCGCAGUGAAGAACUCUGAAUGCCCACCAGCGAAAGGUGUUGCCACUUUCGUAGCGGCCAACACCGGAUUCUUCCUCGUACUCUUCCUGAAUUUCUAUCGACACAGUUACAAAAAUAAGUCCCUGAAAAUCGGCAGAAGCAACGGAUGUGAACAGCAGCGAAACAUAACUGAACAAAUAAGAGUAAAGGAAGAA